CGUCAAGCCAAAAUCUCGUGACUGAUUGAUCGAUUUUGUGUAAUUUCUUUUCUCAAAAGCACCUUAGAAUCCACAUUUUUGACUUUCUGAUCGCCCUUUGGUUUGCUAGGCUUGGCGCUUAACAUUGGAAAGUGAACCAGCACAACUUAGCAGUUGAAUAUCAAUUUGAAGAGAUGGCACAGGUCCAUAGACAACAAGAAAAACCUCCAGAGUAUUCUGAAUAUCCACCCCAGCCACCGGCAGGUUACCAGCCACAGCAAGGAUACCAACAACCAUAUCAGCAAGGAUAUGGUGCUGCCCCUGGUUACCAACAAGGUGGACCCUACCAAGCAGCUGGAGCUCCACCAGGCUAUCAGCCUAUUCCAACACAGCAGCCAACUUAUCUGGUUCCACAAGGCACAGCUAUAACUGUCCAACCACAGUCAUCAGUUGUUGUAGUCGGGGGAUGUCCUGCUUGUCGGGUUGGAGUUCUGGAGGAUGAUUUUACUUGUCUUGGAGUUUGUUGUGCAAUAUUUUUCUUCCCAAUUGGAAUUCUUUGCUGUUUGGCAAUGCGACAGAGACGAUGCCCAAAUUGUGGCGCCAUCUUCAGUUGAAGGGGGAAUUAAAAUCUUUUACCUGCAGGAAUAGACUGCUUUUAUAAAUUAUCUUGUGAACGAUUCAGUGGUAGGAUAAUAUCAGUUUCUCUUCUAAAUCACAAUUAAAGUGGAUUGCUAUUACUUUUCAUAGGAAAAGGAAAAUAAGGUGAAGUCCAUUUUUAAAGGCUAACUGCAUGAAUUGAUAUGGAUUUGCUAUGCAUUGCAUUGUAUAACCUGCAACCAGUAGACUGAAAUUACUUUUUUGGGAUGCUCCUAAACUGCUAAUAUUAUGUUCCAUCACCAAUUAUUGUGGUCACAAGUCAUCUUUCUCUCUACAUGUAGGUCUGGUCAUGUUUGCUUUGGUGAAUUGUGUCAUUUUGCCUUGCACUGGUCAUGAGUCAUGUGCAGCAAAACACAUACUGAUAAUGGUGAAGGAGAUGGCUUUCUAUUAUGUGGCAGCUUGCCAGAUUUUAGACUGUGGAGAACAUUUGUCAGACGAUACCUAUAUGUUAUUGUUACAAUCGGUAGGGAGUCAAUGGUGACUCAGCUUUAAUUUCACUCUAAAUGAUUUUGAAAUUGUGGGUAUAAUUGUUUUGUAAUCAGUGGACAUAUAUUUUGAUUUGAAGCAAUUGCCUGAAUGGCUUCAUCGAUUCAUAAUCGGCCAAAAUUGGUGUAUAUGCUGAACAUUUCAAAUGUCCUAUAAAGUCUAUAAUUGUUAUCACAACUUUAAGUAUGUGAAAUUAUUCCGCUCGGAUGAUGGUCACAGAAUGAUAGAACCAGUAAUGUCAGAUUGGCAGGUUUCAGGUAUGAUAUUACGUUGUUAUAAUGGCUGCAUAACGGGGUUGGUUUGAUAAGGAAUGAUAACGAACUUCCAGUUUAAUACUCGUCUUGCAAAGACGAUGAUCAAAAUUACCGUCAAGGGUGCAAAUAUCAGUGAACAUGUUAAAAGGUGUGUGGCCUAACUGACCAUUUAGUGACCUUGCAGUCUGCUGGCUGAACGUCUGGUGAGUCACAUAAUUGAUUUAGCAUUAUCAGGUGAUCGAACAGGUCAAGCUUAAUACUUAUAAAAUUCAAUAUCUGUGUCAGUCAUAACACAUUGUACAGUGUACAGAAUGAACUCUCUCAUGUAGGUUUCAACCAAUUAUACUCAUCGACCUCAGAUCCAUGGCAAACACGCAUGUACAUGGUUAUGUUGUACCUUGUAGAACCGGAUUAAAACCAGCCAUGAACCUAUUGUACAGCUGGUUUGUCAACAGACGACAAUCUUGUACCCCCGUCAAGUAAUUUUUUUGAAGGGUUCAUCCCCGUUGGACAAUAGAAACAAGAGGUGGAACAGUUCUUUGCAGAACUGAUGGAACAUUGCAUCUGAAAUUUGGCCGGUAUAAUUUCAUGCAGCAUGCUAACUUGGCCUUGCUUUGAUCUGGAAGCUUUAUGAUAAAUAUGUAAAUUUAGUUAGAUUUUAUGGCUUUGGUGGCCGGAUAGAAAAGUAACAUCCAUUCAUAAGGUGUGAAUAAAGGUGAUACUCAGUGAAAUAAAAAAUGUUAUUUAAUAUUGCAAAAAUAUGUCUAUACUGUCAUUAGUCAAUAAAAUAUAUUUUGUCUA